CUUUCCAGGAACCCGUCAGGAAGAAGAUAAACAAAACAAACCAGAGAGAAAGAAGACAGCGUGGAUUUGUGAUGAAAUUUCAUUUAAGUUCUCGUCCAGACGACUCCUGCCGAAGCGUGAAGCCUUUCUUUGACAACUGUAGAUCCUAGUUACACAGAACACAGGGGAGAACACAGCCAUACCCGGACUUGUGGCUAAGGCCUUGUUAUUACAGAACAACUUGGUGGUCACGUUGAUUUUCUGCCAGAGUGUGACAUAAGAACAAAGGAAUCGUGGAACGUGAGGUGGCAGAAAAGUUUCCACCAAGGACCCAGGCAUCUGUUCUCUGCAAUGCCUCUGCCUAGUGUCAGUGGAAUGGAUCCUCCCUUUGGGGAUGCUUUUCAAAACUACACUUUCGCUGACCAGGCACUGACUAGCACUGACCUGUUAGCCAACAGCUCGGACCCAGACUUCAUUUAUGAACUGGACAGAGAUAUGACUUGCCGCCAGAGCCCUGGAAGAGACGUGUUCGGAGUUGAGGACUGCAAGGAUUUUGAAAGCAUGGAGAAUCUUCCAGAACUAAUAGACAAUGACCUGGCCUACAGCUCCAACUUUGAACAGUGGGACACGUAUUGGGAAGACUUGACCAAGUACACUCGCCUCACCAGCUGUGACAUCUGGGGCACUAAGGAGGUUGACUUCCUGGGCUUGGACGAUUUCUCCAGCCCUUACCAGGAUGAGGAAGUCAUAGGCCGUACACCCACCUUGGCCCAGCUCAACAGUGAGGACUCGCAGCCUGUGUGUGACACUUUAUACCUUCCAGAUUCGGUGGCAGGCCAAAAGCAGACUGUUUUUCCUCCACCAGCGGUAGGCAAGACGAUGGGCAGAACCAACGCUUCUGUCACAGGCACCUCCUCCAACCACAGUACACUUCCGGAUUACGCCGAAGGCUCUCAGAAGGCCACGUGGCCAGUGCCCUCAAGCACUGAGACUAUGGCAAAGGCCCAGAUGCAAGGGCCUAGCAGGGUUGGAUCUCCACAACCAGAGAACACGGAUUACGUACGCAAAGCCAAGGUUCGCAUUAGCGUACCACGCAAGACCUUCCUAGAGAGUUGUGCUCAGCAGAUCAGCGUGUCUGUCAGCUCCCCUCUUAUCAAAGAGCAUGAGUCGAGUGCUUCUUUGAUCAGCAAUGCCCAAGCGACCACUAUUGACACUCCAUCUUCUCUGAUUCCCAUGGUUUGCGAGAAAAGAGUGGAACUCUGUAAACGCGAGUCUCCAUGUGGCUCCACUCCAGACGUGGGGUUGUCGAGUGGAAAGCCAUCGAAACUUAACUUCCUCGUGGCUGGCAGCGGUGAAACCUUGCUCACCGUGAGCGCCCUGGGAGCCGACGCCACCGCUGCCGCCGAGAAGAAGAAAGAGGAGGAGCACAACUACUCGCUGUUCCUGACCAGGGCAAGGCUUGCGGGCAAAGCUCCCGCCGACAUGGAGGAAGACGAGGACGAGGAGGAGGAAGAGGAAGACGGUGAGGAGGAAGAGGAAGAGGAGGAGGCAGAGGGGGUGGACUUGGACGACGAAGACCACGACGAAGGGUUUGGCAGCGAGCACGAGCUUUCGGAAAAUGAAGAGGAAGAGGAGGAAGAAGAUGACGAUUAUGAGGGAGACAAGGACGACGACAUCAGCGACGCAUUCUCAGAGCCAGGAUGUGAUGCCGACAUGGUCGAGGACGUUAAAGGUCUGACAGCCGGAAUUUCCAGAAAGAGGGGUAAGCGCCGAUACUUCUGGGAAUACAGCGAGCAGCUCACCCCGUCUAAGCAAGAACGUAUGCUAAAACCUUCCGAGUGGGACCGAGACACCCUUCCCAGCAACAUGUAUCAAAAGAAUGGCCUGCAUCAUGGAAAAUACACACUAAAGAAGUCGCGGCGGACAGACGUAGAGGAUCUCACCCCCAACCCACGGAAGCUGCUUCAGAUCGGGAACGAAUUGCGCAAACUUAACAAGGUGAUUAGUGACCUGACCCCUGUUAGUGAGCUGCCCCUGACUGCUCGCCCUCGCUCUCGGAAGGAGAAAAACAAGUUGGCGUCCAGGGCCUGCAGACUAAAGAAAAAAGCGCAGUAUGAAGCCAACAAGGUCAAGCUGUGGGGUCUUGGCACUGAAUAUGAUCGAUUGCUGUUCGUGAUUAAUACAAUCAAAGAGGAGAUUGUGAACCGAGUUCAAGAUAACUCCAAUAAUAAUGGGACAAGCAUGGCAGAGAAGCUCGAUAAGCUCAUAGAAGAGACACUAGUGCAGCCACCAGUAGCUGGCCAGACUUCAGACUUUGUGAACCAGAUCCUUGAGAAUACAGGCAAGGGUGACCCCACUGGAGGUCUAGUGGGACUGCGUGUGCCCACACUGAAAGUGUAGAGGCAUAUACAGAUAGUAUUCUGAAGCACACUCGAAGCCAUCCACGCCAUUCCUGUCUCACACUGUAACGGCCCAACACUCUGCAUGCCCAUGUCAACAGGAGAUGCUCAAAAUGCUUAAUGUGGAUACAUGCAUAUGAACACCUGUCUUUCUGUGCAUACGUAUGUAUAUGUUCACCUUCCACGCACCUACAGAAAUCUCUGCACUCAGUAGUCUCAGUUUCCUUACCACGUGUGCAUGUGGCUGGUUUAAAAAAAAAAACCAAACAAACCCAAAAACCUCCAUCUGCAAGCCGCCAUUUUGCAAAAUUCAGAAGCCAAUUUAAGAGAUACCUCCCGGAAAGUAUCGUCAAUUUAGACAUGAAGACGCAACUGGUUCCUGCUGUAGCCAUUUUUUCCUUAUGUCCAGCAGAUGCCCCUUUUACUGGAUUCAGAAAGCAGAAAUGUUUUCUUUAGGGAAUAUAGUAACAUUAUGAUCAGUAAUUAAGACUCGUGCAUAGAAAAAAAAAAAAGAAGACGACAUUUUAGAGAGAUUAACUAAUUGUCAUGUAUCACCUGGUCAUGUAAGAAAAAAAAACAACAACAUUUAUCUAAACCUCUGCUUUCCUAUUCUAGUAUUGUGGCAUUCGCAGGAUUGAACAAGUUACACCCUUAUAUGCCAAUUCUGACAAAGCCAAUGCAAACACAAACAUCUGAAUCAUCUAUCUUUAUUGGAAAUCAAGCGAAAGAUCGACAGUAGGCGUAUAAAUUAAGGACAGGGGUUACUGCAUGACAAUUAGGAUAGGACUGGGCUUGAAUGUUCUGUUCCUUUUGUCUUGAUGGUCUCAGGGUGACUAGAGAGAGAUUAUUGACUGACUGGAGCAGAUGGUCCAUUUAAACCUUCCUUAACUGAGAAGAACUAUUAUUUUUUACUGGUGACUCCACCCACUUUGAUCAAAGUGCCCUCGCGUCAGGUGACCCCGGACGUUUUUUUUCCGAGGUCGCAUCGAAGGGGCUCAAAAGUCGAAUCCCCCGACUCGGUCUUGUUCAUAUUUGUACUUUUUAUUAAAAAGUAAGAUUCAUUGUGCCUUGUAGAUGUUGAGGGGAUAGCGAAUCUCACUUGAAAGCAAGUGGACCAUGCUUCAAGGAGAAGAAGAGCUGCAGGGCGCGUCAGACCUGCGGGUUUGUCGUGUAUUUCAGCUCCAUAAAGAUACUCUGAGUGAACGUAGGACAAAAUAUUGAUUUAUGCCACAGAGUCUGUGUUAGGUAUAAAUAAGAGAUGGCUCUGACAAAUAUUCCUUUCCUCUCUCUAUUUUGGUACUUCAUUUAAGUGGAGAAUGGAUGGAUGUGUGUGCUUGUGCGCGUGUGUGUGUGUGUUUUGAGGGGGGUGGGGGAGGGUUUCUUUUAAGACAACUAUUCAUAUAUAUAUAUAUUAAAUACGAAAAAGAGAUUUGCACACUAUAUUCAGAUUGUUUUGUUUUUGUACCAAAGACAUGCAAUGUAAAUUGGCAACUAGCCAGUUUCAGUAAGGUUUUGCACAGCUAUCCUGACACCGUAUUGAAUGUAGGAAAAGAAAAAAAACAACAAAGUUGUAGGGUCAGGGAUUUUCAACGAACUGUGAAAUUUGCUUGGGUCCAAUUAUCUACAGAAAGAAGCAUUCAUUCGCAUCGUCCUAGAGCUCUUGCGCUGUUCUUCAGCUCUCAAGUUGAAGCGUUGCUUUGGAAACCUUUGUACUAGGAUCAAGCGGUUCAGUUUCCCACCAUUGCAAUUUUGUCCAUUAAUGCUUUUAACACUGUAGAGUUGAAGAUGCGUUUUUUUUUUUUUUUUUUUUUUUGGUAAUUGCAUAUGUAUGACGUUAUCAGAGAACCAAAAUGUUCACUUUAAUAUUAAUAUUUUACAAUUAAUAUUCUUUCAAUUUUACGGAGGAGAAUAAGCAUACAACAAAUACAUUAUUUUGCGUAUGUCGUGCGUGUAGUCCGUAAUUCAUGCAUACACGUACUUGUAUUGAUAAAAUGGUACCUUUUCAAUGCGUAUGUUAAUAAGCAUGACACAUUUCUAUAGCUUUAUAUUCAGUGAAUAACCCGGAAAUAAGAAACAACAACAACAACAAAAAUAAGACUUAUUCUCUGUAUUUUUGUAAUGGUUACCUUGAGGUUUUCUGUUUUAAUGUUCUAUGAGCAUAUCAUAAACCUUGUUGGAGAAAAGGCUUUGAUGAAUUUAUCAUCAGCAGCUCAUACUCCAAAAUAUUUCCGACCCGGAUCCAGUCAUAGGCUCUUCCUUGUCCAUGCCUAAAAAAAAAAGAGUGCUUACUUGUACUUUGAGGAAGGAAAGCAUUCUGAGAGAGAGAGAGAGAGAGAAAGAGAGAGAGAGCGAGAGAGCUUUAUAGUUGUACCAUGAUGGCUAGCUGCUGCACCUUCAUACUUAUCCAGUGUGAAAAGCCACUGCACUUCCCAAUGCAGAACUGCAUGUUAUCUGAAAGGAAAAAAAGGAAAAACGACAACAAUAACAAAAAAAAAAACUUGAUUGAUAGUCAUGGUUUGUCUUUGGGUGUUCGUGGAGCUCUUAUUUUUGAUUGAAUAAAAGAAGGGAGAAUAUUUUCCUCUACAUCCCCGAUGAUAUUCAAGCUAAAAAAAAAAAGAAAAAAAAAGUUUCCCACACCAUCGUAGCUCAUAGUUGUUCUCUCUUUUUCUUUUUCUUGUUUGUUUCAUUUGGCAGCGUAGCAGAUUUUGUACAUACCAUUCAUGUUAGAUGCUAUUGUAAUUUGCAGUGUUCUCUUUAUACUUAGAAAUGAGAUAUAUCUUCUAUAUUUAUCUUGUGUAUAUACAAAUAUACUAUAUUACAUGUAAGAUAACUAAAGCACUUUGUCUAGACAAAAAAGAGAAGAGGAAGAGAAGAAGAAAAAAAAAAAAGGAGAAAAAAAGCGCGUUCUUUUCCUUCCAUCUGCUGCUAAAUCGGCCUUGUUUGAAUGCUGCAGUGAGUACUUGACUUUUACCAUCUUUAACCAAGACAGAUUGACAGUGAAGUCUCGAGAGGACAGGCCCACGUGUGACAAGUCAAGUGUCACAAACUCCAUUUGCCUUUAGUAGACAUUUCCUAUGGAAAAGUGCAAAUUCUGUUUUGUGGUGUUCUUCAGGUUGAUGUACAGUAUUGACAUGUUCUCUUUGGGCAUUGCCAGAGGUGAAUAUUGUUAUCAAUAAUUUUUUUUUUUUAUUUUUUUUUAAAGAAGUAAUGAGUACUUAACUGGGGAAUUCUGAGGUGUUUGAGGACGCGUCAGCUCCUUAUUAGUGGCUCAGACAAAAAACUGAAAAAAAAAACCUAUAUCAUUGUACUGUAAGGCAAAUCUCGUUUGCCAUAGGGAAUUAAUCAGACUACAUCCUGUAUGCCUUUCCGAACACCCAUCCAUUCUUGAUAGAAGGCUCUAAAAGCUCUCCUGGGCCUUCGUCGCGCCAUCUUGAACUACAGCUUCGUAGCCUGGCGUUGGCGCUCGAUAGUUACGACCAAUUUGUAAUCAAAAAACCACCAAAAAAUUUUUCUAAAAACAACCAAACACUUGGCAAGUGAUAACGAGUAUGGGGAUUUAAGGUGGAGGUGCAUGUUUUAUAAGUCAGUGGCCUGCUGUAGUAGGAAAGUAUCCGUGUUUGUCUUCGACUCUCGUGUUCUUAUUUCAGGUUCUUGCGUUUGAUGCGACAUUGCGAGUUUAAGUGUUUAACUCGGAGACUCUGUGGCAUUCGAACAGUUAAGGAAAUGGUUGUUAUUCAAAGCCAGUAAUUUAAUUCUUUUCUCUUUUUUUUUUUUUUUUUUUUUCCUGUUGUUUUUUGGUUUUUAAAUCGAAGCAUGAAAAAGAGCUAUCGCAUCAUGUGAGUUUUACAUAUAGUUUAAGUUCGAGUUAAUAUGGGGCCUCUGCUGCAAAUCUGGUUAAUCAAAAGAAGUUUGAAUUUCUGAUCUUCAAAACUUUUUAUUUUAUUAUACAUACUUUAUCUUAAGCUGGGAUAUAUUUAAAAUACCAAUUGUGUAGUUAGAGUACAUAACUUUUUAUUUGAUUUUAUUUUGCAUGUAUUCCUUUAUUGUAUUUGCUUCAUACUCCUCCAACUGAUACUGCUUUUCAAGGUAGAAAUAACGAUCCAACCAGCAAUUUUAUUGUUUUUUGUUUAUUUGAUGUAUUUUUUUUUUGUUUGUUUUUGCAUAUUAUCCUGAAUCUCAUUUACCAUUUCAACUUUAUUAUUGCCAGAUUACAAUCUUAAAACGAGUAAGCUAGCUAUUGAAUCCAAAUUGUGCUUCUAUUUGUUGUCUGCACUAUAUAAAAAAAUUUAAAUGAAUGUUUGUUUUGGGUUGAAGCUGCUUAAUCAUUUUGUAAAAUUGUACAGAAGAUCAGUAAUCAUUCCUUGUUCUGUUUGACGUGUGUGUGUGUGUGUGUGUGUGUGUGUGCGUGUGUGAGCCCACUCCUAACUAAAAUAUUUUUUAUUGUUUAAGUAUUUGCCACUGUAUUUGUACAAAGAACGGCCAGUUGGAAUCCUAGUUGAAAGUUACUGAAACGUUUCUUGCAUAAUUCUCCAAAAUGGCUACAGUACACGUUUUGAGAAAAAAAAAAAAGAGAGAGAGAGCUGUUUGCAUUCACGUGUUUUCCGUUUCAUUUGUAAUUUUGGCAUGCCUAGUUUUCUUUUGUAAAUAUAUGUCCUGAGCAUGUGAGAGACAUUGCUCUAAGUGGUGCAUUUUUGUAUGUCUUUGUAGUAAAACGGGAUGUUGCUUCGGUUCUCAACUUUCCCAGUAAAGAAAUGUUUGCUCCUUUUUUUGUUUUGUUUCGUUUUGUUUUGUUGUUUUUUUUUUCUAAGAAAUUGUAUCUAAUAAUGUUCAGGUUAAGUCUAAAAAUUGUUCCUUCUGGUGGCCAUAAUUUACUAUUAAAAGGAUGAUAAAUGGUUUAGAGCAUUUGACAAACAUUUAUUAUGAGAGGCAGCCUGUCUUACUGUUGCUAAAUAAACAUGCCCAUUCUAGUGUAUUUAACCUAUUGGAUGGUUGUCUGUUAUGUUGUUUUGUCAGUUUGUUUCUGGUGUAAUGACCUUUUUACCGAGCGUUUUUGCUUUUAUUUUGUUACUAAUUAAAAGCCUAAAACAUUGUUGCACAGAAGUAGGUGUGUGAGAUUAGUUGCUUAAACACCAUCGCUUCAAGAGUACUACAGAAUGGCAUUCCUCAAGAUUACGUUUGCUUGUAAAUGUUCUUUUGAAGUUUUUUUUGUUUGUUUGUUUGUUUGUUUGUUUUUUGUAUCGUUUCAUGAAUAUCUGAUUUAUUCGAGCAUGAUGACAAAGUAUGAACGUUGCGCAUGCUGACUUAACUCACUUCAUACAGUACAGAGUAAUCGACCAUCCAAUGAGCCUGUUUUACGGAGAAUCUACAGCCAUGGUUAAAAAGUAUUGGCCGUGAUAUAAAUGUUGUGUUUCGCACAGGUUUGCUGCUUCAGUUGGUGUGGCGUUGAUUCACAUUGUUUGUAGGUUAUCGUGCAGAGUGAUCAGAUGCAUUUUUUUUUUUUUUUUUAAAUAAUUGCAAAAAGUUUGUCAGAAACUUUAAAACUUUAUCAGGAAGAAAAAAAAAAAAAAAACAACACACACUUCAUUGUUUUUUUUGUUUUUUUUAAUUUGGCCCGGUACAAAACGACUAGCUCACAUCAUUUCACUGAUCAUCAGCACGUAGGAAAGUGUACUAGUGAACGAGUACUAGUCAGGUGAAAUCACUCUAUCGUUCUGAUUGGAUUAUAAGAGGACUGCUGUAAAAGGAGGGAAGAAGCGCUUCCCAUCGUUGUGGUGGUGUGUUAGUAAUGGUUACCUCCAAAGAAAGACAUGCAGCCAUCAUCACUUUGCAUCACAAUGGCCUCGCAUGCAAGGAAAUCGCUGCAAAGAAUAUUGCACCUGAAGAAUAUUGCACCACAUUUACCAGAUCAUCAAGAACUUCAAGGAGAGAGGUGAAGAACUGCAGUGAAGAAGGCUUCAAGACGUCCCAGAAUGUCCAGCAAGCGCCAAGACCGUGUCCUCCUGUGGAGUCGGCUACGGAAUCGUGUCACCACCAGUGCAGAGCUUGAUCACUACCGGCAGCAGGUGGGUGUGAGUGCAUCUGCACGCAUAGUGAGGCGAAGACUUUUGGAUAACGGCCUGGUGUCAAGAAGGGCAUCAAAGAAGGCACUUCUCUCGAAGGUAAACAGCAGGAAGUACAAGGAUUGGACAGCAGAAGACCGGGGCGAAGUUAUUUUCUCCGAUGAAGCCCCCUUAUAUCUGUUUGAGACCUCCAGAGAAGAAAAGCUGACCGCUAGCGUGAGUCCUGUCUCGUUCCAACAGUGAAGCAUUCUGAGACCAUCCAUGUGUGUGGCUGCUUUUCAUCCAAGGGACUGGGUUCUCUUCCAAUUCUGCCCAAAAACCCUACCAUGAAUAACGAACGGUAUCAAAACGUCCUCCCAAGAGCAAGUUCUCCCAACGAUCCAGGAGCAAUUCGACGGUGCGUUUUCCCAGCAUGACUGAGCACCAUGUCUCAAGGCAAGAGCGAUAAUGAAUCGUCUCGGAGAUCAUUACGUUUGAAAUUUUGGAUCCGUAUCCACACGACACCCCCGGAUCUUAAUCCCGUAGAGAACCUGUCAGUCCUCAAAAGGCGAUCGGACGAGCAGAAGCCCACAAAUUGUAUUCAAACUCCGAGCAGUAAUAAGGCAAGAAUGGAUCGCCAUCGGUCAGGAUUUGUCCCAGAAGCUGAUAUCCAGUAUUCCUGAUUGAAUUGCAGAACUUAUAAAUAACGAGGGUCAACACUAUAAAUACUAUAAAUGUUUUUGCCCCAAAAAAGCCUUUAAAACUUAUUCAAUGCUUAUCAUUGUUUUCCAGUAUACCAUAGAAACAUGAAAAAAAAAAAAUGCUACAAACAGUGAAGCAGCAAACUUCUGCAAAACACAACGUUUACGUCACUGCCGUUACGUUUGGCCAUGACUGUACUAACCAAUCACGUCACUGACCUUAAAUGAUGAGCACAAAGGGGGAUGUAUUAUAGAUUUCGAUGUAGACGUAAUUCAGUGGCACUCCAGCUGUUUGUGAUUGCAGAAACUUCCAGAUGAAAAAGACCCUCGUUGCACUUGGUUUAACAACUUCUUCAAAUUACAAAAGGAUUUUUGUUUGUUUUUCAAAUGAUGCCUGCAAAAUCAGGUGCCUUAUUCAAACAAAAGGAACUUGAUUUUUAUUGAUGUUUUCUAAGGAAAUCAAGACUCCAGCCCAUUUAUGCCAAGAAUUAAAAUCGAGAUUUUGUUUUCUUUUUAUCGUGUUGAGCUUUCUGUAGAAUGAGAGCUGUUGCUGCUUUGCCUCAGACAGUUUUCAUGUAAAGAUGAAUGUAGUCUUCCUUCAGUGAAGAAUUCAAUAUGUUAAGCUUGUACAUCAUGACUCGUGGAACAUUCUCGUUGAGAGACCGUUCAAAGAGUGCUGCAGUCAUAAUGUAGACUUGUUUUAAAAUGUUAUUGUUAAUAUACACACGUUUUUCUUUUUCUUUCUUUCUUGUUUUGUAGAUGAAUGCACAAGUCUGAACUGUUUUUACCUUCUUUCUUUUUUUUUUUUCUUCCUUUUUCUUGUCCUGUAAUCUUUACUUGCCAUCACACUUCCUGUACUUUCAUUUCUUUUCUCAGCUUGCUGACAGUGAUAUAUGAAGUUGAAAAGAAAAAAAAAAAAAAAAAAAAAAGAGAGAGAAACUUGAUUUUUGUUCUCCAUAAUUCCAGAAUGAUACAUGAGAAGGUCUUGCUGAAAUACGUUUAGCAGACUUGUAGUGGAUUAAAGACUUCCGUAGGGCCCUCCGAGGAGCUUGGAAAGACGAUGUCAGACUUUGUAAGCAUUGUGUCCCCUCACCGAUGUUCAAGAUUACUGUGCCUCUCGAUUCUUCUGGUUGUACUGUUCCUCUGAUUUACCAUGUGUGACUUUACUCGGAACAGUGUUAUUCGUGCACCAACGGAAAUGGCCUUGACCAGUUUACUCUCCAACGAACAGAAAUCCCAGUUUUCCAAAUACAAAUACAACGACACAAGUAGACAUGUCUGAAAUAGAUGGAUCCGAGAUCCUGUUUCGGUGGAUGAGAGGGCAGGAAGCAAGAAGACUGUAUUGUUUUCGCUCAUAUGUUAGUGAAGCAGUUGACGUUCCACGUGUACAAGCUGAAAGCAUGUUUUCCCUGACCGCCUCCGUCGAGACGUGCAGAGUCUUCUCUCUAUAGCCGCAUCGCUUCCCUCCAUGCUUUUGGACGUAAGGAAGCUCUUAAUUUGUGCAAAACAAAAUACGGACUUUGGGUAGGAGUCCCGUGUCGCUGCCCAUUGGUGCUGAAUUUUGAAAAUACAUACUUGAACACCCUCGGUGGUAUGAGAGCUGUGACUUAGCAUCUGUUGUCAGGCUCGUGGACUUUUUUUUUUUUUUUCUUCCCCCCCUCCCCCCCCUUGCAAGAAACUGUGCUGGACAGUGGACAAUUUGACAUCAGCUGGAGCCACUGUAAACACCCGUGCCAAGGCCUCGUCCUCUUUAAAGGAUGACUAUGAUGGGCAUGGACAGAACCUGCGGUCGGGUGGGAGAAGGGUGUGUAAAUGUAGCGGUGGUAGCUCUUCUUGUGUCUGUGUGUGUUUGUUUGUUUGUUUGUUUGUUUGUUUGUUGUUGUUUUUUUACUUUAAGGAGGACAUUGGAGCACUAGUAGGGUCACCUGGACUGUUGGCCCCAGUUUUCUCGACUGUGUCCUGAACACGUUCAGAAGACAACCACACAACCUGAUAAUAACUGAACCCCUGUACUUUUUUUCUGAGCACCACAUUCACACAUCACACUGCAAUGAUUUACAUCUCCUUCCAAACUUUGCCAAAUUUCGAUCGUUCUUGCUAAUUAUCGACCUUCGGCGUAGGGUUUACAAAAAGGUCAAACGAAAACCCGCAGAAAAAAAAAAGACUUGGUUCGUUUCGAAAUCCAUACAACGUUCAAUUUUCAAUUGAAGGAAUCGUCAGCCAUUUGAAGGAGAAGAAGAAAAAAUUUCACAAUUCAUUACCUUGAUGUCAUGCUUCUGAUGUUGUAUGGUAUUCUACUAGAUAAAUUAGCAUGGGAUCUUUUUAAGUAGCUAGUACUGUGUGUGUACUCCCCCCCAAGUGUAAAAUCUCUUUUUGUCACAGUAGGAAGGCUGUAUUUCAUUGCGAAGUGCUCUGUUCUAGAUCUCUUGGUGAUUCUAAAGCAGAAACCUGCAGUGUAUCCUACUGAAACUAACAGUUACUUGAUCCUAUUAGCAAUGUCUAUAUUUGUAGUUCACAUAUAUGCCUGUUCAAAUACAAUAUCUUAACAGUUGUUCUAUUUAUGUUUCAGUGUUGUGCUGGAUUUUUUUUUUUCUUCCUUUCUCACGUUUUUUUUUGUUUUUGUUUUGUUUCUUUCAUUUUUAGAGGCACAACUGGUUGGAAAACAACUCGGUUACUUGAGCAUUGUUAAUGUACAGAUACGAAGUAGACUUAAAAUCCAUUGUGAUGAAUUUUGAACUACUUGUGCUAUUGUGCCUCCUGUUUCUUUCUCAUUUUGUAUUAUCCGUAAUUAUGUCUCUGCAUUGUAUCAGCCCGGAGUUGGUACCACAAUUUUGCUUGUAACCAUGAUAGUCUAAUGCUAUUAUUGAUUUUAAUAUCACAAAUAAAAAUUAGACACAGCCGUA